UAGAGAUGGCAGAAGGAAGCAAGGUGAUCCUUCACGGAUCGUGGCUUAGUCUUUACACAAAGAGAGUGGAACUGGCCUUGAAAACAAAAGGCAUCCCCUUUGAGUUUGUGGAAGAAGAUCUGAAUAACAAGAGCCCAUUGCUCCUCAAGUACAAUCCCGUCCACAAAAAAGUUCCUGUGCUUGUCCACAAUGGAAAGCCUAUUGUUGAGUCACUCAUCAUUCUUGAGUACAUUGAUGAGACAUGGAAAACUGGUCCUGGACUUCUGCCUGAGGAUCCUUACGAAAGGGCCCGAGUUCGCUUCUGGGCUAGCUUUGUCCACCAACAGGUAUUUGAAAGUCUGUCCUUGGCCUGCACAUCUGAUGGAGAAGUACAAGAGAAAGCCAUCAAGGAGUUGCUUGAAAAAUUAAAGACAUUUGAAGAGGGAAUGAAGGAAUUUUUCCCAGAUGGCAUCGCUUCAAUUGAAAGUAGCAAGAAUUUGGAACUUCUGGACAUUGUAUUGUGUUCAGUAUUUGGACCUCAUAAAGUUCAAGAAGAAGUUCUCGGUAUCAAAAUUAUAGAUCCAGAGAAGACCCCACUAAUAUUUUCUUGGGUGACAGCUCUAACUGAACUGCCUUUGGUGAAAGAGCUAACCCCUCCUCAUGAAAAGCUGCUAGCUCUUCUUCAGUUCUUCAGAAAUAAUGCCCUCAAAUCUGGUGCUGCUUGACCUUAUGUUACAUCAGUAUUUUUAUUUGUAAUUUCAGAUAUGGGAUACUAAAUGAUGUCACACAUGACAUACAAAUAAAAAUAAGCCCAAAU